UUGUUAUGUUAGUAAACCAUGCAUGUGUAUAUAUAUGUUGCUCUAGCUAACAGGAUGCAUGACUCAUAUAAAUCGCAUUUGCAUUUGCAUGCAUAUAACUACAUCUGAAUGAUUAGCUUUAUGCAGGCUGUGUUUAGCCAUCGAAUUGCAUUGCAUACACUUUGGUAGGCAAGUUUUCGUUCAGUAUGGGGCAUGGUGGUACUGGUGCUGCAGUAGCGGUGGUUGACCACCACUCAGCAUCGGCAGCAGCAGGCUGCAGAGUUCUUCCCGUCAUUAUGGAGGAGGAGCCGCCGGCGACGACGACGGCGACGGAGAGCCACUACCAGCAGGGAUCACCACAGGAGACGAGGGUGGCGGAGCGCAGGAAGGCCAUCGUUGCCAGGAUGCGGGAGCUGCUCAGCCGGGCCGCCGCCGCGCAGGCAGCUCACUCGAGGCUCCGCCGUUCCACCGUCGCCACCGCCAAGAAAUGGAAGAGGGCGGUAGGCCGAAUCCAGAAGAGGGGAGCCUGCAAGGGAUAUGAUCGAGCGGCAACCGACGACGGCGCACUGCUGGCCUCGUCGUCAUCCAUCUCCAGCAACGGCAGCUUCAGCUGGGACGACGACGAUGCUGCCGCUGAGGUCACCUUCUGCUCGUCUGCGGCCAACAGCUGUCCGGGUCCGGCGCCGCUUCUCUGGCCGGCGUUGGUACCCUCGUCACCGCUGCCGGCGGCGACCAGCACUACCGUGCUGCGGCUUUCAUGUAGCAGUGGCGGCGGCUCGUGGUCGGCCGAGGAUGAUGACGACGACGACGACGACAUCAGGAUGGCUGCUCAUUGGGUGACCACCGACUCUGACUUUGUGGUGUUGGAGCUCUAGCGAUGAAGAUGCAACAACGCAUGCAUGAUCGAGCUGCGAAAAAAACAAAGCGGGAAAUGUGCCGUGCGUGCUCCUUCGGCCUGGGCUAUUAUGGGCCAUCAGGACUCGUGUUUCGUUAACGGAGGCCCGUCUUGGAAAUGGACACCUAUGGCUUCUUGGCAACAAGGCCCACGUCACUGUUACGGUCUCUCUUGUACCUCCUAGAUCUUAGCUUAGCUUCUUGAGGAAAUUACUGUAUGAAAUAAAUCCACCUUGCAUUGUGUUGAGUAUUAUUGGAUGAACUUCAGGAAAUUACUUAUUGGUAUGCACACAGCUAAUCAACAUUUUUAUUUUGGCC